CCUCCCUUUGAAGCUGAGCCACACUGAACGUUUAAACCAGGCUCUCCUCUUCCCUUUUUUCCCCACAGGACUUGAAUGCAGCACGGAUCAGCUGUGAAGCAGCAACAGUGCAGAUGAGCUCCAGUAAACAGCAACCAACACACGCUCUGACGGCUCCACACACACACGCAUGCAGCAGCGCAGCCGUCGUCCUCGUGAAAUUCAGCAGCUGCUCCUGCCUCCGAAGCACAAAGAGAACGGCGGAGCUCAUUUUGGAUCAUCGACGCUGAAGACGGAGGGGGGAGGCGAGUGAAUGCAUUCCAGGCCAGCCGCUGCUGCUGCUGCAGAAGGAAGAAAGGGAGAAAAACCAUCUGCACCUGGAGAAGAGCAGCACACAGGUGACCGGAGCUCCUGCAGGCUUGUAAAUGAGUGAGGAGCAGUGCAAGUCCUCGUCCUGGGUGACUGCCUUGAUGACUCCACCCUAGACGGAGGCCUGGGCAGAGACGGUGAUGAUGGGGAGAAACCUGGACCAUGACGAGGGCUGGCUCUUCCUCUUCCUGUUUCUCAUCAUCAGCGUGUCCUUCAGCCAAAGCCAGGGAUGCCCGCCACGCUGCGACUGCACAGCCAAGCUGAAGGCCGUCUCGUGUUUCGGUAAACGCCUGGCCGCGCUGCCAGAUGGAAUCCCAAUGGACACAAAGAUCCUGGACCUGCGUGGAAAUAAGCUGCGGUGGGUAGAGCACGGUGAUCUGCUGCCAUUUCCGCGCCUGGAGAAGCUGGACCUAAGUGAUAAUGUCAUCAGUGUCCUGGAGCCCAAUGCUUUUUCCAGCCUUCAGAACCUGCAGGCACUUUCACUGCGGGGCAACCAGUUGAAGCUAGUGCCCAUGGGGGCGUUCUCAGGUCUGACGAACCUGACAUCGCUGGACCUCAGCGGAAAUAAGAUCGUCAUUCUGCUGGACUUUACUUUCCAGGACCUAAAACAUUUGAGGAACUUGGAGGUUGGUGACAAUGAUCUGGUUUAUAUUUCCAAUAAAGCCUUUCUGGGUUUAGUGGGACUAAGAGAGUUGACCAUUGAGAGGUGCAACCUCACCUCCAUCUCAAGCCAGUCUUUGUCUUACCUGCACAACUUGGUGUCGCUGCGCCUCCGCUACCUCAGCAUCUCUGCCCUGGAGGAUCAGAAUUUCCGGAAACUAGGAAGCCUGAGAGGUCUAGAGAUUGACCAUUGGCCUUUUCUGGAAUAUAUCUCCCCCCAUUGCCUGCAGGGUCUGAAUCUGUCUUGGCUGGCAAUCACGCACACCAACAUCACCUCCGUUCCCACCUCGGCCCUGCGCAGCCUGACUCACCUCACCAGCCUCAACCUGUCCUACAACCCCAUUCCUGUGUUGGAGUCCUGGGCUCUGCGGGAUCUUAUCCGGCUGAAGGAGCUGCACCUGGUCAGCACUAAGCUGGCGGUAGUUCAGCCUUAUGCACUCGGUGGUCUGAGACAAAUCCACCUUCUUAACCUGUCCAGCAACAACCUGGUAACGCUGGAGGAAGCAGCUUUUCAGUCGGUCAACACGCUGGAGACGCUGCGCUUGGACGGAAAUCCUCUGGCCUGUGACUGCCGUCUGCUCUGGAUCCUUCAGCGCAGGAAGACACUUAAUUUUGACGGUGCCUCACCGGUGUGCAUGACGCCGGUUGAGGUGCAACAACGGGCUCUCAAUGCUUUCUCUGACUCUGCCCUUUUUGACCAUUUUACCUGCCAAAAGCCUAAAAUCCGGAACAGGAAGCUGCAGCAGGUUUCUGCCCGCGAGGGACAAGUCGUGUCAUUCAUUUGCAAAGCCGAGGGCGAGCCAACCCCUGUCGUCUUCUGGAUCUCUCCACAGCGGCGCCGCAUAACCACAAAGAGUAACGGCAGACUGACCGUGUUACCAGAGGGCACGCUGGAGAUCAGGUAUGCCCAGGUGACUGACAGCGGGACGUACAUCUGCAUCGCCAGUAAUGCCGGUGGAAAUGACACCUACUUUGCUACGCUCACUGUCAGCGGGCUGCCGCUCGAUGCGGCUCUCAUGGCUAAUCGCACGUACUAUGUUGGGGACCUGAAUGAUACGAACCUGAACGAUACUAGAGUCUUCUUGAAGUUCACUCUGGAUCUGAAGACCAUCCUCAUCUCAACAGCGAUGGGCUGCAUCAUGUUCUUGGGAGUGGUUCUGUUUUGCUUUAUUCUGCUCUUUGUGUGGAGCCGAGGCAGAGGACAACACAAGAACAACUUCUCUGUGGAGUACUCCUUCAGAAAGGUGGAUGGACCUGCAGCCAGCGGCGGACAAGGUGGAGCACGAAAGUUCAACAUGAAAAUGAUCUGAUUGGGCCGAGCUCCUCUCAGGUGGACUCUACAGAUGUUUCACUGUUGGAACAUUUGAAUCAUUUCGGACAACAGUGCAUGCAAUAGAGGUUUUCUGUGGCGCUUUGAUAGAUUUCUAAUGCUCCUUGUUUUGUGUUGACUUUGGUGUACAGAUGGAAUCUGAGAUGAAAUGGGAAUAUUUGUGUAUCCCAACCCUGAACGGACUGUUCCAAUACAACUUUACAAACUGCCAACUGCAGCGUUACUCUGCAAAAAUCUUCUUUAAAAGUCUUUAGUCAUCAUACUGAUCAAUACUACAGCGUGGUGCUCACUUGUUGCCAAGAACUUGCCAACAGAAGCGGAGACAGUUCCGACCGCUUCACAGUUAUUCUUGUUCAGCUGUUUUAUUCCAGACUCCUACAGAAAAGAUCACACCAAGAGACUGCAACACUGCCAUUUUUAAAGCUACGUAACAUACUGUUCACUUGUGUGGCAGAAUGUCAAACAUGUUUAAGACAACAACUGCCUCUACAGGUACAGUGAGACAUACAGCUGCGUGUGGUGAUGGUUUAGCUGAAUUUCUGCCUCGCCUCUUUUAGGGUUUGUAUUUGCAGAUCUGAUUGGCCUGUACUUGUCCCUCCUUUUGUACAGACAGGACCUGGAUUGCACAUGAGUUCAAAUAUUUUGUAUUUACUGACAUUUAAGUCCCUGUGGUUGUUUAUGGUACUGUUGAGUGAUUUAUCACAGUGUUCUGUUCUACUCUCAUUAAAACAAUUCAGGAACCUUUUAAAAUA